CUUCCUUCUUUUCAACAUGGCGGCGGUAGGAUCCUCUUAUGCAUACUCGGUGUUUGCAAGGAUAAUUCGUCGAGAGCUGCCUGCAACGUUUCUGCAUGAAGAUGAUCAGUGCAUUGCCAUUGAAGACAUUAACCCACAAGCACCCGUCCACUUCUUGGUGAUUCCAAAAAAGGAAAUUCGAUCAUUGUCUAGUACUACAGAGGAGGAUGAACAACUCCUUGGUCACUGCAUGAUAGUUGCAAGGAAAGUGGCAGCCGAGAAGGGUAUUGACCAGAGUGGUUAUCGCGUAGUCAUCAACACUGGACAAUAUGGAUGCCAAUCUGUGUAUCACAUCCACCUCCAUGUCAUGGGAGGAAGGCCAAUGAACUUGGUCCUGGGCUGACCAGACCAUGCCAAGGAGCAAUUCAGGAUGUCCAAAUAUUACCAAUUUGAUUCCUAUUUAUAGAUAUUUAUAAUACUUACAAUAGUGACCUUCAGAUCGGACAAGUAAGACUUAAAAAACCUUGUGCUUAUAGCUAUGUGCUUCGUAUGCUUUCCACGUUUCACCCCAAUCUCGUAUCGUAGUCUCUCUCUUUCUUUUUUUAAAAAUUAUUUUCCUAACUAGAUAAACUAUUUCUUUGGUCUUUGCUCUGCAGAUUAUGAACCUUGUGGAAGCCGCAUCCUAUCUCUUCCCUAGCAACGAAUUACUAUACUUAAAGAGAGCAAAACUAUGAAAUUGUCUCUCAGAAAGUUUGCGAACUUAUGCCCAAUUACAUGAAUGAAAGAGUAAGAUCCGUAGACAUUUUAAGUGUUUGAGAAAGAAUUAUUAAUAAGGUAGCAUUCACUGUUGUUUUAGUAACUUAUAUUGUAUUUUUUUUUUCGCUCGGAGACAUAAAAUGUCAUAUACAAGUAUAUUUGAGUUGAAAUAAAGUUCAUGUAUGUUUGUAUAA